AAUGUCCUGCCUUUAUCGGCGUCCCCCGAUCUGUUGCUCCCGGCUUCCGCUUCCCGCCGCCGCAGCCGCAGCCGCCGCCGGUACUGGCAGCGUCCGCUUCCUACUCGCUGCGCGGCCGCCUCGACCUCGAGGCCACGUCGCUGGCUGUAUCGGUGAUUUUCUUGCGGGGGAUGCUGCGGAUCGGAUGCUAAGGAGCAGAGAGGGGCUUUGGUUUGAGGUGUGAGAGUUUUAGAAUCGAUGGGGACAGAGAAGGGUGGCGCUAAGAUUGGUGGGGGCAGCGGAAGCGGCGGUGGGAUCUUCAACCUGUUCGACUGGAAGCGCAAGUCACGCAAGAAGCUGUUCUCCAACUCGCCCGUAGAGGGCGCCAAGCUUGUCAAGAGGAGCGAAGAAACCUUGCCGUCCAGGCGUCUCCACUCGGUUGAUGAAGAUGAAGGGAUUGGCGUGUCAAGCUUCAAAGGGAGCAGCGACUACAGCUGCGCAUCUUCAGUGACAGAUGAGGAAGGGCGUGAGAUGAAGGCACCAGGUGUCGUGGCCAGGCUCAUGGGCUUGGAUGCCAUGCCCUCCUCUGGUGUUCCAGAGCCUUACUGCACCCCAUUCCGUGACACAAGGUCGUUCAGGGAUAGCCACAGCCUCAAGAGGAGCCCUGAGUACUCCAUGAAUGACCAAUUCAGUCAUGUGCCUCGGAGGGUUGAUGGUUAUAUGAGGAAGCCAUUGGAUCUGAGAGCUCAAAAGAUGCCGAGCAGCCCGAUUGAAAGAUUCCAGAUAGAAGCAUUACCACCAAGGUCCGCAAAGACCUUACCGAUGUCUCAUCACAGAUUGUUGUCUCCCAUCAAGAAUCCAGGUUUCAGUUCAGCGCGGAAUGCUGCUCAGAUCAUGGAGGAAGCAGCCAAGAUUCUUGAGCCAAGGCCAGAAGCCAGUUCUAGGGAGAAAAUCUGCUCAUUCAGCCCGGCACGAAUUCCUUUGAGGGUUUCGGAGCCAAGACAGAUCAUUCCAGCUUCUCAGAGGACUGUGUCUCUAAAGAUGCAAUCAUCCAGGAUCCCUCCUGAUCUGCCAGAUGUGAGGUUCUCCAGAGGGCAGCAUAUGAACCGGAGCUGGAACAGUGAUGAAGAUAUUGUUGUAAUCAGGCCUUCGGUUGAUUCUUAUGAGAUUAACAAUCCUAGUUGUUCAAAGAGCAACAAGGGAAAGUCUAUUUCUUUGGCACUGCAGGCAAAGGUCAAUGUGCAGAAGAGGGAAGGAGUAAGUGGUUUGGGGAGGAAUUCUGGAAUGCAGAAAGAACUUGAUGAGCAUAGAACAAACCAACCUUUUAGGAGUCAGUCUAAUCACCAGAGGAACAAGCAGCAAAAGAAGCCAUCAUUAUCUGGCACUUCUUCCCCUGUCCUUCGGCAAAAUAAUCAAAAACAGAAUUCUUUGGUGAGCAGAGGCAAGGUGGCACCAAACAAAUCAGUCUCAACGCAGCAAGGUAGAAAGGUGAUGGCAGGAGAUUCCUCUUCUGGGAAGAUCAAGAGUGGAAGCAAAGUAUCUAAAGUUGGUGGCAGAAAAGACAUUGUGGAAAGCAUAAGUGGUGAUAGGGAAGGAUCAUCGUCAAACAACAAGGACUUCCCACAAAAGAAACGUUUGAUAGAGAGGAACUCCACCAAUGAGAAGGGUACAUUCGUGCCUGAAAAACCAGUGGGUAAACUUCAAAAGCAGGUUCAACCUAAUGUUGUUAUGGAUGAGCACAUUAAGCGGAAUAAGGAAAGUAAAGAUACUACAGAUGUUGUGUCAUUUACCUUCACCUCACCCUUGGUCAAACCAUCAGCAGGACCCUCCAGAUUGGCAGGUAAGUGGGAUACAAGAAGCAAUUUUAAUCUGGACACAGGAUGUGAUAAAGAUGAUUCAGAUAACAAGGCUGAAGGGCUAUCAUCAGUGGGGUUGAACUUUGUAAACGGUGAUGCAUUAAGCCUUCUCUUAGAAAAGAAGCUUAAGGAGCUAACAUCAAAAAUUGAUCCAUCCAUCACCUUCACAAGGGGUGACACAUUUGUGCCUGCUACUUUUACCUUGGAAGAACCACCAACCUCCUCUUGCAGCAAUUGGGGCUCAGAAAGUGGAGCAUUUGACUGUAGCCCUUCUGAAGUAAAACCUUCUCAAUAUGUUGAUUAUUGCCAAUCGGCUCAGUCAUCUACAAAAGGCCAAAUUUUCCGAGGCAGUAAAUUACAGGUGGAGGAACCAGAAGAAUGCAGUAGCAUAAGCAAUGCAAGGAAGGAACGGGAGCAUGAAGAUCUAAGUCCCCUCUCUGUGCUUGAGCCAACCUUUCUAAGUGAGAGUUGCUGGUCUUCCGAGUGUUCAGGCAGCAGCGAUGGUAUUAAGGGAUAUUCAUCUUCUUCUGAAGUUAAGAAUGACCCAGGGAAUUUCUUGAUGAAUCCAUCAUCAGUUGACAUUGAGUCAAAGACAACAGAUUCAUCCUCUUCUGCAUCACUGGAUACUUCAGAUAUCUCAGAUGUCACUCAAUGUUCAAAGAAAUCAAGAAACACAGAGCUGGAGUACGUUGGAGAUGUGCUAGGCAAUGUCAACUUGGCAACGGAUGAGCUGGGGUCACUCUUUGUCAAUCAAGAUGGAUCAGCUUUGGAUCCCCUCCUCUUCGAGAAAUUGGAGAGCAUGAAUGUAUAUACACAAGGGAAAGAGCCUCUGCGCCAUCGAAGGUACAGGCGGCUUUUGUUCGACUGCGUAAAUGAAUGCCUGGAGACAAGACGCCUCACCUACUUCCGGGCAGGAUAUGCAGCAUGGAGCAAAGGGGUGGCAGCGCUGAGCAGGAGCAUAGAGAAAGAAGUCUGCAACGAGAUCACUAGCUGGAAGAGCAUGGGAGAAUGGGUGGAGGAUGAGCUUGUCGACAAGGACAUGAGCAGCGGGGUGGGCACAUGGGUUGAUUUCGGGGUGGAGGCGUUCGAGGCCGGUGAGGAGGUGGAGACUGAGAUAUUGGGCUCGCUGCUUGACGAGGUGAUCAGCGACAUGUUCUUGAGACGGUGGCAGGAGUGUAAUUUUGUAAUUUGACCUGGAUAUUGUUGUUUUGCGCUGUAAUUUUGUUUUCCUUCGGUUGUUACAUAUCUUCUAUUUAUUGUGUCAACCCAGACUUGUUCAAAUCAGUGAUAAGUGUUGUUUCCCCAGUGGGAUAGAUAGAUCAUCAUUGUUGCUUCAGCA